CAUAGUUUCAUCAUCCACUACUUGUAGCUAUUAGCUUAUAACAGAGAGAGAGAGAGAGAGAGAGGGAGAGAUCACAUUUCCUGAACUAUAAGCUAUAUAGCACUUCCAUAAUCUUACAACAAUGGAGGGGACCAGCAGCCAAAGCACGUUUGCCUUCAUCCCUAGCACAAUUGAGACACCAAGUCCAAGCAUCCCUGAGAUAUCAUCAUCAUCUUCCCCUGGUUCUCUUGCAAGAAUUGCACAAAGUUACCCUCCCGGCUUUCCCAGAAAGGUGUUAGCGGAGAUUAUAGGGACAUUUUUGUUGGUGUUUGUGGGAAGUGGUUCUGCUGGGCUAAGCAAGAUUGAUGAGAGGAUGGUGUCAAAGCUUGGAGCAUCACUUGCAGGAGGACUCAUAGUGACGGUCAUGAUAUACUCAAUUGGACACAUAUCAGGGGCACACAUGAAUCCCGCGGUUUCUCUUGCUUUCACCGCCGUCAGGCAUCUUCCUUGGCCACAGCUCCCAUUUUAUAUAGCAGCUCAACUCACUGGUGCCAUUUCUGCUUCAUACACAUUGCGAGAGCUGUUACGACCAUCAAAUGAGAUUGGAGGAACAUCACCUGCUGGAUCACACAUUCAAGCCCUAAUCAUGGAAAUGGUGACCACAUAUACCAUGGUGUUCAUUUCCAUGGCCGUGGCCACUGACUCAAACGCGACAGGACAGCUAUCAGGAGUAGCAGUAGGUUCUUCUGUUUGCAUAGCAAGCAUUGUAGCCGGACCAAUAUCAGGGGGAUCAAUGAAUCCAGCAAGGACAUUAGGUCCUGCAAUUGCGACAUCAUACUACAAGGGACUUUGGGUAUAUUUUGUUGGACCUAUUACUGGGGCGGUUUUAGCAGCUUGGUCUUACAAUGUGAUUAGGGACACUGAACACCCUGGUUUUCCCAUUUCACUAUCCUCCAUUUCAUCCAAGGUGCGCCAAAGCAUUGGUGGAACUGAACAAAAAAGCGACCAAAGAUGCUUUGUGUGAAUGAAAUAAUAAACAACAAUGUUUUUUCUGACACCACACCACCGCCCAAAUCAACAUCACCUUCAAUUUCUUGUCUUGGAGGAUCUCAAGUUUCCACAUGUAUUAUCAUGUAUAUGAUCAAAAAUACCAUGCCUAGAUCAUAUGGUAUUAUUAGCUUGGCCAUGUAUCGAGUUAAUUUCAGGGCUAUGAGCUAGCCAUGUGUAAUGCAAAAGUGUGUAGUGUGAUUUUCCUACAUUAAUGAAAUGUCAGCUUCAUAUGAAAUUCAAUAUA